AUGUACUCCAAGACAGUCUUUACAGUCGCCGCUCUUGGCACAGUUGUAUCCGCUUUCGAUCUCCCCGAUAACCUGAGACAAAUCUACCAGAACCAUAUCUCUGGUGAUUGUCAAAACCCUCUAUCUGAUGCCUUCGAAGGCGGUGCACAGUACUGUGGCGAUAUCCCAAAUGUCAUCUUCCUGAAGGGUUCCGACGGCAAUUAUGACAAUAUGGACGUUGAUUGUGACGGUGCCAACAACUCAGCUGGAGCUUGCGCCAAUGAUCCCAGUGGCCAAGGACAGACCGCGUUCCAAGAUACCGUUCAGAGCUUCGGCAUUGAAGACCUCGAUGCCAACAUUCACCCUUACGUCGUGUUUGGCAACGAGGGCGCCAGCCCUUCUUUUGCGCCCCAGGAUUUUGGAAUGGAGCCUUUGAGCAUUGUUGCCGUUGUUUGCAACGAUCAAGUGUUCUACGGCGUUUGGGGUGAUACCAACGGCUUCACCUCUACUGGAGAGUCGUCUAUUUCUCUAGCGCAACUCUGUUUCCCCAACGAUGGCCUCACCGGCGAUAAUGGACACGACCAGAAGGAUGUUCUAUACAUUGGUUUCACUGGUUCAGAUGCUGUGCCUGGUUCCAGCGCCAACUGGAGCGCCGGAAGCACAGAAGAAUUUGAGAAUAGCAUCAAGGAUCUCGGUGAUAGCCUUGUUGCGGGUCUUCCGGCGUAG